UCUUGCUUUUUGCGAAAAAGAGAGAGAGAGAGAGAGAGAGAGCUUGUCAUUAUGCAGUCUUCCUUGCUCCUUCGCGCCCGGGGUCUCCCCAAAUGCGCUUCCCUCUCCGCCAGCCUGGCUCGCCAGUCGCGCGCCAUGGGCUCCUACGCCACCUUCAAGGUCCCUCGCAUUGACAACGAGCCCAACAAACACUAUGCCCCCGGCUCGCCUGAUCGCAAGGCCCUCGAGGAGGCCCUCGCCCGCACCAAGCAGAGCGGCCCUCUGAACGUGCCCUUGGUCAUCGCCGGCCAGGAGAUCAAGAGCUCCGAGACUUUGGUUCAGUCCAACCCGGCCAACCACGCGCCUGUCGCCAACUACGCCAAUGCCUCCGUCGCCGAUGUCCAGGCCGCUAUUGACGCUGCUCUUGAGGCCCGCAAGACCUGGGCCACCACCUCGUUCGCCGACCGGGCCAGCAUCUUCCUCAAGGCCGCCGAUCUGAUCUCCACCAAGUACCGCUACGAUCUCAUGGCCUUGACCAUGCACGGCCAGGGCAAGAACGCUUGGCAGGCGGAGAUUGACGCCGCUGCCGAGUUGUGCGAUUUCUUCCGUUUCGGUGUCAAGUACGCCGAGGAGCUCUACGCCACCCAGCCCGUCCACCACUCCCCGGGUGUCUGGAACCGUGUGGAGUACCGCCCUCUCGAAGGUUUCGUCUAUGCUAUCAGCCCCUUCAACUUCACUGCCAUCGGCGGUAACCUGGCGGGUGCCCCUGCGCUGAUGGGUAACGUCGUUGUCUGGAAGCCCUCGCCUUCGGCCAUCGCCUCCAACUGGCUCGUCCACCAGAUCCUGCUUGAGGCGGGUCUGCCCAAGAACGUCAUUCAGUUCGUCCCGGGAGACGCCGCUGAGGUUACCCACACCGUGCUCAACCACCGCGACUUCUCCGCUCUGCACUUCACCGGUAGCACCUCGGUGUUCCGCAGCUUGUACGGCCAGAUCGCCAACGGUGUCGCCGAGGGCAAGUACCGCAGCUACCCCCGGAUCGUCGGGGAGACCGGUGGGAAGAACUUCCACCUGGUGCACAAGUCGGCCGACGUGCGCAAUGCGGCCGUGCAGACUGUGCGUGGCGCCUUCGAGUUCCAGGGCCAGAAGUGCAGUGCUACUUCGCGCGCCUACGUCGCCGAGUCGAUCGCCGAUGAGUUCCUCUCGAUCGUGGCGGCUGAGACCAAGGCUCUGACCAUGGGCGAGCCCACGACCUUCACCAACUUCUGCGGCCCUGUGAUCCACGAGGCGUCGUUCAACAAGCUGGCCCAGGUGAUUGACGAGGCUAAGAACGACCCCGAGCUGGAGCUACUGGCCGGUGGGAGCUACGACUCGUCCAAGGGCUGGUACAUCGCGCCCACCGUCUACCGCACCUCCAACCCCGACCACCCGCUGCUGUCGCGCGAGCUGUUCGGGCCGGUGCUGGUGGUGCACACCUACGCGGACCAGACCGAGGCCGACUUCACACGGAUGUGCGAGAAGAUCGACCAGACGGGCGAGUACGCGUUGACGGGCUCCAUCUUCGCGCAGGACCGGGAGGUGCUGCGUGCGGCGGACGAGGCCCUGCGCAACACGGCGGGUAACUUUUACAUCAACUGCAAGAGCACGGGUGCUGUUGUGGGCCAGCAACCGUUUGGAGGUGCGCGUGCCAGCGGGACCAACGACAAGGCGGGCAGUGGCAACCUGCUGUCGCGGUUUGUGAGUCUGCGGUCGAUCAAGGAGGAGUUCGUCCCCACCUACAAGGUUGCUUACCCCAGCAACGCUUAAUGAUACCAUGAUUAUUGCAUUAGUUUGGCGUUAGGUUCAAUUUACUACUAGUAGUCCACCCUAUUGGUUUUCCAUCCACCAGUCUAGCAUUAUAUAAAGAUGUGUAAAAACAUACAGCCAUA